AUGGGGUUUAGCACACAUCGCUUUAUCACCACUGUCGAUCCGAACUUAAUUUGUGGAAUUUGCGGAUCCGUGCUGGAAGAUCCCGUGUUGACACCCUGCGGACACAGCUUCUGUAGGUUGUGCCUCAAUACUUGGCUCAGUAAACCGGACGUCCGGACGUGUCCAGAAUGUCGGAGUAAAGUAACAGAGAACGAUGCCAAACCUGUGCUCUCACUCCGAAACCUCAUAAACGGAUUUGACGUCACGUGUGACAACAAUGAACGAGGCUGCAAAGUGAUCACGAAACUCGAAAAGCUAGCCUGUCAUAUCGAGACGUGUGGGUAUGUACCCGUCAACUGUGCAGGAUGUGGCACCAGCAUCCAUCGCUAUGAAUUAGCCGCACACCAAAUGCGCUGCGAGGGAAUCGCUGCCGCCAUCAAGGACGACAUAGAUAAUGAUCGCUCUUUGGCUGCCUCUCGACUUGGCAACAUUCGACUGAACGCCAGCAUUACGUCAGCGGAAGUGUCUAACCUUGUCUCACGCAUUUCAUUCUUGGAGCAACAACUGAAAACAUUCAAACGUGAUCUGCAGAUUUCAGAGUCAAAGAAUCGUGUUCUGGAGAGAGAAUACCGAAAAUCGAGAGAGGAACUGCAAGAAAAACGAAACGAGCUUUUGGAUGUGCAGUAUGCUGACUUUGAUCCCGAUUAUGAUUACGGUUACACGCCGGAGAGUAUCGCCAAACUUUCUCUCCUCAUCGCUAGGUUUCUUCUCAAGAAACCGUGUUACGCGGACAGCGACCGGAUCUUCAGUGCUAUCAAACGGUGCUACGAGAACUACGCGCGCUGUGGUAAUGAGUUCGAACACGAUGUACACAUGCUGGUUGCCUCGGCGUUUGCCAGUAAUUGGUUCGGGGAAGCACAGCGUAUCAACUUCCAUUGUUGGCUGCAGAGCAUUGCUCGGUAUAGACAAGCAACACAAAACUGUAAGUCUAUGUCUUCCACGUUGCUAGACAGGAGAUCUGUCCAAACUGAAACCUUACCUCGUGGAUCUGUCUAA